CAACUUUUAAAAGUGUUCGGUUAUAAGGUAUUUUGAAGUGAUCAAAUAAGAUUAAUUAAAGGCACGUUAAUAAAUGUGUUUGCUAAGAUAUUUAACCACUGAAAUAUGACGACUUCAAAUCCUCCAUUUCCCUUGAGGUGUUAUGUUUGUGUCAAUAAUGUAGGGCAGAUUUGGAACAAAGUAAAACUAACUACUGAACCUAAAAAGAUGACAAAGAACCUUCUGAAGCUUCCGAAACUUCUCGAAAAAGCACAUGUUAAGGCAAAAGUUAUUUGCAGAGGAUGCAAAAUGCAACAAUAUUGCAGCGUUCCUCAUCUUAUAGCUGAUCGCCCAGGACAUCAACCCCUUUGCCAGGUGCUAAGGGAUCUUCAGAAGUUUAUGAAUAUCGAGCAUCCGUUGCUCCUACACGGUAGAAUCUCCGAUCGCAGUAAGCUGCAGUUUGUCAUUUCCCAGCUCAAGCUUAUCCUGUGGAUCAAGUUGGGAAGACCUCUAGCUCCGCGGGAAAAUCAACUCAUUGGGAAUCCAGUUAUCUGUGAUGUUUGCUUUAGUACUGACGCCCUACAAGCCUGUGAGGGAUGUGCCGGAGUGGCCUACUGCUCGGGGCACCUUCAUCUAGUCAAGGAUAUUCACUCUCCAAAGGAGUGCCGAACUCUGGCACUAAUUGCCACUCCCUUACGGCAAUUGGACUGCUUACAAAACAUUACGAAAUUCUACGAAGGCAGUUCAUUAACAGAGACUCAUCUUAUUGAUGCUUUUUUUAAAGCCACUUCUUUGAAUAUUAGUGAAAAACCUAUUAUCGAUUUGGAGGAAUACCAGCUACUCGCCACCUGUUCAUCCUUCAGCGGCAUCGCCAGCCUUUGCCUGGCCCUGACGCACAUUUUCUGGGUCUCUAGUCCAGAUAAAGCUUUCAUCGUUUACGUGGUCGGCGCCACCGAGGAGCACCUGCGAUACUUUCAAAUUAUGCAUCUACAAUUUUUGUUCCUCCAUUACCCAAACAUUAGACACUUGGAGUUGAUGUUCAUUGGAAAAUCACUUGAGAAGAUGGAAGCCAUAAAGGGAGUGCUUAGUGUUAAUAAUCUAAAACGAACCGUGAUAAAACGCUUUUAUCCUUUAACAUUUUCACAAUUCUCAAGCAUUUACAAUGUGGAUCCCACUUUGAUUUUCAUGCUGCAACCAGAUUUCAUUGGCACUGGAAAUAUAACCCAGGACUUAGUCAAGGCAUUACAAGUACAAACUGAAGAAACAGAGUUCUUUAGCUGGAUUGAUUGUCUGUCAAGUAUUGUUCAAUUAUUUGGUAUCCCCAUUUGUUAUACGUCGAUUUCAAAGGUCCAGGCAAAGUCCGAUUUCACAGCCAUCAAUAUGGUGGCCAAAAAAAAAAAAAUUGCGGUUAAGCGAGUCUACAACUUAACCGACAAUCCGUUCCGUGAAAUAAUACCAUUUCAUAAUCCUUCACCAGAGAACAAUGAAAGGAUUGUUUAUGAAAAUAACUACCUGGAGGUGGUUUUUACAAAAAACAAAUAACAUUAAGUUUAGUCCCUCAAUGACUUUGUUAACUAGAUAAGUUGACAGUAUACGGAAAAAACCUGAGACUACUUACCGAUAAAUAGACAAGUGUUCGCUAUAACUUUUUUUUUUACAAACAUCAAAUAUAAUCACUUUCAAGUUACCGAAGACCAAAUACAGUCGAAAAUAAGUUGACCUUAUUACGAACAGGAUUUCGUUUUGAACGCGACUUAGAAUUCUCGCACUUUAAUUUAAACAUAUUUAUCCAUUUACAUUUUUGGUAAUCGUUUAAGAAUAAAUUGUUUACCUAAUUUAUAGCCUA